CAAUAUUUAUUUUUCUUUGUGGCUGGCAAUCCUUUCAACAAUAUUAUCCCCAUUCUUCGUCAGCAAUAUCGGUAUAUGGUCGGCAUAUGUUUCAUAUAACAAAUAACGAAAUGACAUUUCCAAUGUGUAAAUCCAAUACAUACCUUUAAAAUAAUAUUUUUUAAUCAUAUCUUGUCAGUUAACGCUCGUAAAAUACUACGAGUAAUCAUUGUCUUUGGAUAAGCAUAAAAGACUUGUUGAUAUUUAAAAUUUGAAUUCGGAAAAUGGUUAAAAUUGUCGAAUUAAAAACUAAUAGAUCUUUAAUAAAAACAAAUUUUGAUGGGUACAAGCUGUCGUUAGAAAGUGUUCCAGUAAUAAAAGUGGACUUGGAAAUAAAUCAACAUCCAUAUGUUCGCAAAAUUCCAGUUGAUCAGUAUUCGUUUUUACACACUGAAUUGUUUUCACUGCAAAAUUUUCUCGUGCAAGACCCAUGGAACCGGGAACAUUCAUAUUUUGUUGGCGGUGAUGGCUCAUUGAUAUAUUGCGCAAGCUAUAAAGAAAGUACCGGCAGACCAAGUCCUUUAAAAGUAGUAUAUAAAUUCUCUGAGCAGCAAACUCCAGAGCUAACACGAUACAAUUUUUCAUUUAAAUUUAUUUCUGAAAAAUAUUGUGUAUUAUGUGACGGUUUUAAUAUGUUACAAUUAUUUGAUACUUCAGAUCGGUACAAAGUUACAGAAUGGAAGCUCCUUUCUUCACACAAAAUCAAUGAAAAUUUCGAAGGUUUUGUUUUGAAAGAUGCCAGAUUAGAUGUUUUUGAUGGAAAGAAAGUGAUCAAUUGUGCGUUUCAGCACAUUGAAAAAUGUGGUUCAAAAAAUAUAAAUCAAAUUCAUUGGGGUAAACUCUUCGAAAAACCAGAACAAACAGAAAAUGUAUGGAGUUGGAAGCUGGAAGAUGUGUUGCUUGGAAGUGAUUUAAUUCAUUACUGUGCUUUUGAACCAAAAUCAGCAUCUAUCGUUAUUUGUUCUAAUAAAAACAUUACUUUUCAAUCUAAUGAAUCAAAAGAGAAAGAAGAAAAUGAAAAAGAGGAUUCGAAGGAAAAACAUGUGGAAACAAAAGAAGAUUCAAAUGAAAUAAAUAAUAAUUAUGAAUGGUCUCAAUCAGAAGACGAUGUAGUAAUUUCAUUUAAAGAUGUAGAGUAUGAAAAUAAAAAUAAUUUGAAGGUGAUAUGCACUGACAAGACGAUAUCCGUUCUACAUUAUGAUGAAUAUCUUCUUAAUAAACAAAAUCUAUGUCAACAAAUCGAUCCUGAAUUAACUACGUGGGCUAUAGAAAAUGGAUCCCUUCAAAUUACAUUAAUGAAAAAAGAUUGUACAAUGUGGCCAUACUUGAUGGAAAAUGAUUCUAAAGUAACGCAAGAUACAGCACAGAACCUGGAAAUGGACAAUAAACCAACUGUAAAUUUGGAGACCCCGUUAGAAGAUUGUGAUGUGGCUUUUAAUUCGGAUGAUGAAUAUUAUAUUUAUCGCAUUAAUUUGGAACUAAAAGAAGUGACUCAUCAAGUUCCUCUUGGAAAUAAUCCACCUUUAUUUUCAACAGUUUUAAGACCAGGAUUCCCAGCGGCUAUUGCUACCAGAACAGAUGUAGAUGCUUCAUUGUGGCUUCAACAUUAUAAUCCUCUGAAACCCGAAGAAUGGGCUUUACGUCAUGAGGGUAAUUUGCAUGCCUUUGGUUAUGUUCAAGCAUCAAAGCAACAGAAAAAAUAUGUUGAUUGUGCUCCAGAUAUGGGCUAUUCUGUAAUUUCAGAACCAUUUAGGCACGUAUUUAUUUAUAAAUCGAAAUAUGAAACAGCAAAUAAUUUGAGAAAUCGCAAUGGUCCCCAAAUUUCCCUUGGAAAACAAAGCUUAAUUACUUUAGACUCGAAUAGUGAAGUUCUUGGAAUGUCCUGUGGAAUCAAUUUUAUAACUUUAUUAAGUGAAAAGUGCUUACUGUUUAUCCAACUCAAUAAACUGAAUAAUUAAAUUUAACAUUGUUAGCUUAUACUCAUCAACCCAAAUCCUAUUACGGUUUAAUAAUAAAACUUCUUAUUUUUAAGCUAUUCUGUUAUUAAACAAUAUCUAUUAAUUAUUAAUAUCUAAUGAUAUCCAAUAGAUAUGGAUCAAAAUCUGACAGGAUAAAAAAAGCAAGAAAACACUACG